AUGACAACGCCUCCAGCUCGGAUCAUUUGGUUCUUUCGACGACUGAUCACGAUGCCGACGGUCAAAGGCGUCUUCUGCUGUCUGCUAGUCUGGAGCGGUCUUUUGCAGACAUUCACUGCCGCUGCAACUGCUGCUGGGGAUGCCGUGGCGCAGCUUCCGCCGGUGCUGCUCGACGCGGCCGGUAACCUGGUCAACGAGAAGGGCUAUCUGCUCAUGUUCCACGGUUUCAAUUCUGUGAAAAAGGAGCCGCCCUACUUUGACAAGAAUUCACUGGACCGAAAGCAGCUGAAGAUGUACGCUGACUGGGGCCUGAAUGUCGUCCGAUUGGGUGUGAUUUGGGCGGCUCUGGUGCCCCAGAAGGGCGUAGUCAACGAGACCUACUUGGAGCGGAUCGAGGAGAUCGUCAACCGGAUGGGCGAGGCCGGGAUCUACGUUAUCCUCGACAUGCAUCAGGACGGUAUGUCCAGUCUGUUCAACACAUAUGACGCCAUUCCCAGCUGGCUCCUCAAGGAGUUUCCCAAGCCGCCCUGGCCCUUCCGGUUCCCAUGGCCCCGGUCGACACCGCCGGAACCGGAGAACAAUUACGAAGCCUAUCUGACCUACGCAUGCCAGUCGGCCUUUCAAUGCCUCUAUGACGACACCGCCAAGGCCUGGCAACACUGGGGCGACUUUUGGGCAACGAUAGCGCAGCGAUUCGCACAAAACUCAGCCGUCCUCGGCUAUGAAUUGAUAAACGAACCAUUUGCAGGCAACAUCUUCACCAAUCCACUCAGAGCCUUACCAGGUAAGCACGCCAUGUCGCCUGACAACUGGACUUUGGAUAAAGUAGAUGCAGCUCUUAAAUUGGCACCAGCAUCGCUGCCAAGGUGA